AUGCGUGGGUGGCUUUAGACUAGUCUGCUAUACAGCUGUUUGUAGUGUUGGGAGGAGUGUUGCGUGACGACACUAAAAACGGCUGUGUAGCAGACUAAGAGCACGUAGAGUGCAAGAGUUGGGCCCAACGAGGUCCUAUAUAUUCAUAAUUUACAUAUCCUCAGGGCAUUCUAUAAAUAUAUCAAAUAUAUUGUGCUAAUUAAAAAAUUUUUUCGGUUCGCCAGUUUGUUUUUGCAACAGCAGGAAGUGACGUUAGCGCACGUGGUGUAGAACAUCAGUCUUUUCAUGCAUGUCCUUGCGCUGCCGAAAGACCGAAAACGCUGUGUAACUACUAAUUGUUUCUUAUUCUCAAGAUCUGGAUAACACGAUUUAGAUUUAUCUGCAACUAACUUAACUCGACACUGUGCAUGAGGAAAGCAUGUUUUGGUCUACUUUGGAGCUGCUGAGUAAUUAUCUCCCUGAGAUUGGCUUGACUGGUGUUUACACGGUCGCUAUAUUAACGAUUGUUGGCUUCUAUUCCGAUUGUCUACGGCAAAAGCGAAAAGAAAAAGAGUCCUACGAUGACCAAGAUCAGCUCGGUAGGCGACUGGGAGUCUUUGAAAGCGUGAUUGAUGAUUUGCAUAGCUAUGGGGGAAGUAUACGAACGAUUGUUCUUUUGCUAAAAUCGAGAGUUCAGCUUCAAGCGAGUGAGGUUCGUGAAGUUUUGGAACGUUUGCCAAGAAAACAUCCUCUUCUUCGUAUGCGAGUCAAAGAGAUCGAUAUCAAAGGAAGAGGAAGACCGCUAAAAUGUUUUGUCGAGAUGGAGGAACCUUGUACUUUAGACUUUUAUGUCAAAGGCCAUAAACCUGCCCGAAACUGGGAAUCUACGUUUGAAAAAGAACUUCAGAGUCCUUUCCAGGUUUCCACGGGCCCCCUGUGGAGAGUUAGAAUGCUCCGGGAAGAAUAUGACCCAAGGGAGGGGUCGUACAGUAAUACUCUGGUCUUCACAGUGCAUCAUCUCAUUGCAGAUGAUACCUCUCUUCUCAAUCUUUCCAGGGAUUUCUUAGAUUUCUUGAACACUAAGCACAAAAACAACUCCCAAGACUGGGAUGAAAAAUUGCUGUUAAAUACUCCACCCUUGAGGCCGUCUCUAACAGAGAUUAUUAAAGGCCAUCUAACUCUCUCACGGCUGGAGAAAGUAUUUCUUGCCGUCAAGUCAAUGUUGGCACGAAUGUUAAAAAGGAUCAUGGGUAAGCCAAGACAUCAGUUUACUGGAGUUUUUCCACCAACAAGUUUGCAAGAUCCAAGUAUAAUUAAGAAAACUUGCAUUCUGACAAAAGUUUUGCACAAAGAAGCCAUUUCAAUGCUUGUGAGAAACUGUAAGGAGAACAGGUGCUCUGUACACGGAGCUUUCAUUGCUGCGACAAGCAUUGCCAUGGCAACCAUGUUGCAAAAUGGCAAGAUAAGAAUACCAACAACAAUUCCUGUGAGUUUUAGUGUCAAUGUCAGACAAGAAUGCAAGCCACUGGUGAUGGGAAAUGAGUUGGGUUGCUUCUCGUUAGAUUGUGACCUUAAGAUUCCUGUGCCUGCAAGCAAUAAAACAGAGGAACCCUUUUGGAACUUAGCCAAGAAAUGCACAGAAGAUUUACAUCAAGCUGUUUCUAAAGGCAAUCAUCACUCUACAUUGAAGGCACUUUGCACAUUGAGCAUAGACUAUGCAAGGAAGAUGUACAAAAUCUCUAAGAACAAGAAAACAGCAGGGCGUCUGGAUACUUUGAUCAACAUAUCCAAUUUAGGUUGCCACAAUUUUGGAGAUGAAAGUGGUAAAAAGUAUUUUGAGUGUAGCGGAGCAUAUUUUGCCAGUGCUGGGCAUAAUUUUGGUCCUGUGUUUGAAAGCAAUGUUGUCACUAUUAAUGAUGACCUGUUUUGGAGCAUUGUAUAUUACAGCAAUGUGGUUUCACAAGACAUUGCUUCCCAAUUUACAGAUUUAGUUUUUGAAACUUUAAAUUUUUAUACCUAA